UAUCACUUAGUUAAGUAAAGUCGUAAUUUAAUUAUUUUAGUUUUUAGUUUUAUAAAACUAAUGUAUUAUUUUAAUUUUCAAAAAUAAUAAUUAAAUAAAAAAAUUACAUUAUACAAUUUUUUCUACUAUUUCAUUGUUCAAGUGGUUAUAAUCACGCACAAUAAGUGAUACAAACAUGUAUUGUCUACAAUGGCUGAUACCUGUGCUUCUAAUACCAAAGCCAUUAAAUCCGGCUCUAUUACAAACUCAUGUUAUGUUUAUGGUGCUGUACCUUACUGGAUUUUUUUUGGAACGAAAACCAUGCACCAUUUGUAGUAUAGUGUUUUUAGUAGCUGUUUUUCUUAUAUGUUAUAGUGGAUAUGGUAAUUGUAUAUUCUACAGCAGCAAUUGUGACUCUGUUCAGUGUGACAACGGCUAACAAUGCAAUCUAGAAGUAUGACAGAAUCAUCAUACUAAAUAUCAUUUUUAUUACUUUUCUGAAAAUAAUUCAUUAUUAGUUUUAGAAAUUGUUUAUUAAAAUUUAAUAUUCUUCUGUAAAUUUGCCAAAUUUUUAUCUUCCUAUGUAAAAUAUGACUUAAAUUUCUUUCCAUAAAUUGUUCUUUUCUUUGUUUGUACAAAUUGAAUUUUGGCAAUUUUAUAUCACUAUUCAUCUAAGUAUAGACAUGUAUAUACAGUUUUAAUAAAAACAUUUUGUUUUGAA